UAUUAUUUCCCAAAUGUAUUCCUGAUGAAAUUCGCGUAAUGAGUUGUACUAGUAAACACAAGAAAGAGUAAACGAUAACGCAAUAGCUAUAUAGAAAAAAGUCGUCGCGCAUUUUAAAAUAAAUGUAUAAAUGAUUUUCCUUCACGCUAAGAGAGUGUUUGCUUUAUGUCUUCUUCGAAGUUAUCCUCCGGCUUAACCUUUUCUCACUGCAGGUGCAUCUCAUGCACCAUAAAUCAUAAGACAUGCAGUGUCUUGUUAAAUGCCCCAAACGCUGUCCACCUCCCAAAGAAAUAUUUAAGUUUGCUUCACGAUUUGCUGGAACAUAUCAAUCCAUUCUCCAAGCACCCAAUCUGAAGUCAAGUCUGGGCCGUGCUUUGCAGUUCUCACACUGGCUAUCCCUACACAGCCGGAGUCAUCUUAGGAAAGAAGUACAGGCCAUUUGGGAAUUGUUACAUCGCAGUGGGUUUGACUGUCGUACAAAGUUGCCAGAAUCACUAGAUAUCAGAUAUUUUUAUUCACGGUCCAGACAGGAUAGUCAGCAAUCUGAGCGAGCUGAUCCCAAUCAAAAGCCACCAUCUAAGAGUCCAGGGGAUGGGCCCAAAAAAGAUGAUGAUAAAGUGCCCAGUAUUCUUACUAAAUAUUUUUUAUGGUUUGCAAUAUUUUGGAUGAUCGUAAACUUUGUUCCAAUGCUGACAUCAGAUCAUAUGUCACAUGAGAUCGUCUAUGUGUCCUGGAAUGAUUUCUUCCUCCACAUGCUUUCUAAAGGAGAAGUAAAGGAGCUCAUACUUCACCCUCAAGCUGAAGUAGUAAUUAUUGUCCUGCAGCCAGAUGCUGUGAUUAAUGGCCGCAGGCCAAGUAGUCAUAGAUAUUACAUGAGAGUUGGAGAUAUUGAUAAAUUUGAAGAGAAACUUAGGGCAACUGAAGAUAAACUCAACAUAAGACAUGAUGAUCGCGUGCCAAUCAAUUAUGAUCGUGGUGAGAUCACAUCUGCUCAACUGCUGGCACUGGUGAUUUUGCUUGCACUUCUACCAUUCAUUAUUAGUCGCCUUCGUUCAGCCAAAUCUCCUAUCAGCCUAGAUAUGUUUCGACAAAUGACACGUGCAAAAUUCACGCUGGUAGAUCCAUUAACUGGGGCAGGCAAAGGCGUCCGAUUUGACGAUGUUGCAGGCCUUAAAGAAGCAAAAGUCGAAGUCAUGGAAUUUGUUGACUAUUUGAAACAUCCAGAACAUUACAAGAGCCUUGGCGCCAAGGUACCAAAAGGUGCUAUACUUUUGGGGCCUCCGGGAUGCGGAAAAACUCUUCUAGCUAAAGCAGUGGCGACUGAAGCAAACGUACCAUUUUUGUCAAUGAAUGGUUCAGAGUUCAUUGAAAUGAUUGGCGGAUUGGGUGCUGCCAGAGUCCGAGACUUGUUCAAGGAAGCAAAAUUACGAGCACCUUGUAUAAUAUACAUUGAUGAGAUAGACGCGAUCGGUAAAAAAAGAUCGUCAGGAAUGUCCGAUACCGGUUCCUCUAGUGAGUCCGAUCAAACGCUAAAUCAACUUCUUGUAGAAAUGGAUGGAAUGGCAUCCAAGGAGGGUGUAAUUAUGCUUGCCUCAACAAAUCGAGGCGAUGUAUUGGACAAGGCUCUACUAAGGCCUGGGAGAUUUGAUAGACACAUAUUAAUUGAUUUACCAACUGUUGAUGAACGAGAUCAAAUAUUCAGGCAUCACUUGAAGGGCAUAACACUUGACCAGAAACCUGAUGCAUAUUCAAAAAGAUUGGCUUAUCUUACCCCUGGAUUUAGUGGCGCUGAUAUCGCAGCUGUUUGCAACGAAGCCGCUUUACAUGCUGCAAGAUUUAAGAAGACAGUUGUCGGCUCGCUGGAUCUGGAAUAUGCCGUAGAGCGUAUGGUGGGUGGCACUGAAAAGAGGCAGCAUGCUAUGUCUCCUACAGAGAAGCGUGUUGUGGCUUACCAUGAGGCAGGACACGCUCUAGUCGGCUGGAUGCUUGAACACACUGAUGCUCUCUUGAAAGUAUCUAUCGUACCCAGGACGAAUCUUGCUCUAGGGUUUGCACAGUACACACCUACCGAUCAAAAAUUGUUCUCAAAAGAGCAGUUAUUUGAGAGAAUGUGUAUGGCCCUUGGAGGACGAGUAGCCGAAAGUUUGACGUUUAAUAAGGUGACAACAGGGGCUCAGAACGACCUUUCUAAAGUUACGAACAUGGCAUAUGCCCAAAUACAACAGUUUGGAAUGAACGAGACCGUGGGUUUAAUCUCCUUUGAUCAGGAAGAAACUAGCUCGAAAAAUAAAAAGCCUUAUAGUAAAAGGCUGGCAAAUAUAAUGGACGUAGAAGCAAGGCGAUUGGUUAGCGAGGCCUACAAGAAAACCGAGAAGGUGCUCAUAGCUGAAAAAGACAAACUCAAGCUCUUGGCAGAGACAUUGCUAGUCAAAGAAACAUUAAACUACGGCGACGUUGUGGAUUUGAUUGGCCCACCACCUUAUGGACGAAAAAAUUUGAUCGAACCAGCGGAUUUUGAAGCAUCUGUAGAAAGCGCCGAUGAUCCUGUAGCAGCAACUCCAUCACCUGAACCGGCCGAGACGAACGGCGAAUCUUGAUGAUGAUUCUGCAAAAUACUGCUGGAGCUACUAAGACUCAGCUUUUAUAACUUAUGUGUGAAAUUUUUGACAGGGUUAUGAGGCGUAGUGUCAGACACCUUUGAGAGUUGGUAAAGUACCAUAGUGAAAUAUGGAUUACCUCUGUAGAUCCUCUAAAAUGAAAAUAAAUUAUGUAAAAUUACAA